AGACGCUGCCGUAGCUGUGUGGCGAGAAGGUGUUAGGUAUAUUCAGUCUUGUUUUUUGUUUUUCUUUUUUUGCUUCUCCCUUUUGCGUUUUGCAUGACCGUUAUGACCAGUGACUUGAGUGAGGGUGCCACGACUCUUCUGAUGCGGAGUACCCAGCUUAAAUUGACGCACCAGGCUCAAGAUAAACGGCGGAGCCGAGCAACCGAAUGGAGGGAAUGGUUGCGCCAGGAGAUCAUGACGCUGCUCAACGUUCUCACUGUGUCACUGGGCCUCUUGCCUGAGUGCCGGGUCAGGCGGUUCUUCAAUACACCCCACAUCAGGCUUUCAGCGGCCUAUGUAUGACUUUGCGCUGGCCUGAGAGCAUAAGGCGUCUCCGCUAUGUGAAAGCAGCGAAGCUGCAAGCACAAAGCCCUUUGUCUGAGGUGUACAUUCCUUGGGCGAAACUGGCUGUUGUGAACUUCACCUCGCACGACGCAUGCAAGGCGCAUUUGUCGGUCAUUGACGACAUUUGCCAGCUUGGCGCUGAUCACCCAGCCAUCCGCUAUGUGACGCAAGCCUUUGUUCAAGGCCUUGCACCCAACAUCGCCUUUUUCUUGGCGAAAUCAGGGCAGGUCGACGCUAUGCCUCAUGCUCCUCGUAUCUAUGAAGACGGCAUCGAGAUUCCGCUGCAGCAAGCAGUUGACAGGUACGUUUCCGUGCAGCUGCUCCAUUCCAUGCAGCAUUUCGUGGCGAACGAGGGCAAGGCCAAGGACAAAGGCAAAGGGAAAGCCAGGCACGAAGCGAAAGCCUUGGGAUGGAAAGGUGCGAAGCUCUCACCACAGAGGUCAGACUCAGAGGCCCAGGCCUGCGUGUACAGCCUAAGUCUGUAAUUAAAGUCUGCAAGGCGCAGCAGAGGCAAGUGGUACCUCGAAAUGCGCCCACUGCUUCGCGGUUCGCUGCAGACUUGCUUGUAGAUGUGUAAUCCUGCCACGUGCAGUCUUGGACCCCGUAUCACUGGACCGCUUAUCACGCGGGCCAGUAGGAAGUCUAGCGGCUACUUAGCGGUUAUCCAACGUUCCAUUCGGGAUUCUGAAAGGAAACGGCACAAUGUGCCCUUGCCCUUGAACACAUGCUCGGUUGUGUCAUCCGAACUCAGCGAGAA